CCAAUGGCAAGUGAUCUGAGAAGUCAGGGCGACAACUGUUCAAACAAAAUCCAGCCGAGAAUGUCAGAUCGGGACAUCGAUACCCUGCCCGACUCCUGACUUACGAUCUUCAAUAAUGCGUACUAUGAGCCAGUUCAGAAGAUAGCCCACCUUGCUUGGAACAGACCGCAGCAUUUGCUAACUGUCAACAACUUACUCGUGAAAAUUUCAACCGAUUAGGACUUCUUUCCUGAUGUCGUGCAGGCAAACCCUUUCUGAAUCAUUACUGAUUUAAGUUCUUAAAACCAACGCGAGAGUACUAUCAGUAUAGGAUAAUGUUGGAGAGCCUCGAGGGUUAUAGAGAAUAUCAUUUUACAACGGUCUUUGAGACAUCCUCGACAAAAGUUCAACAGGAUUACCAGCGAUUUCCAUCGACAUACGCAAACCUUUGUCCGAGGAAAGACGGAAAAAUCAUCUGAUAAAGCUUUCUGGUGUAAAAUACUCCUCUUUUACGGAUCCAAGACGACGUUCUAAUUGGGGAAUAAAUCAAAAAAAACGACAGUCUUUGUUGGGACGGUUGAAAACCUGUACACAAAAGAUCGUCAACAUUGCCAAAAACUACAUGAAUACAAACUGGUUUUAUAAAGAACUUAACUCAGUAAAUGAUAAAGGAUUUGAACACUAAUGUCUGUUAAACUAGGAAUAUGGACAGAAAGAAAUAUGGGGAUUUACAUACGGAGCUUCUAAAGAAGAGACUUUACGAGCAUGUGUACAACAGUUUCUUUACAAGCAACACAGGGACCCAAGUUGGAGAUGGAAUUCUACAUAAUUAUCUCGCCGAAUUUGUAGCUAUUAGUAACGCCAAUGGCUCUAAAUUCUUUAAAUCCCAUCCUAACUUAUCUCAGAUAACACUGUAUAAUCGUAAGUUGCAUAAAAGCCCAAAAGACGUCACGGRAGCGCAUAUUUUUCAAGAUGCUCUGGAAGAUAUACCAGAGGAGCAAACAGAAUUUAUGGACAUGCUUGGAAGUUGUCCUGAUCACAAGGACGAAGCCCUGAAGUAUUUUUGCGAAACGUGCGACGAGCCUAUUUGCCUUGAUUGUACGAUGGUCGACCAUCGGAAACACAGAUUUUCGUACCUAAGGGAUGUUUAUCAUAAACAGCAGCACAACGUUGGAAGUUUGUUGACUCAAGGAAGGACACAAAUAGAUGCAACUAGGAAGUCUUUGAACAAAGUAAAGAACCUACUAAGUAGCUUACAGGAAGGUAAACACGAGAUGGAACUUGCAAUUCACGAGAAUGCGAAACGACUAAUCCAAGCACUCGAAAACCGUGCUGAAGAACUGAUGAUGGACGUUCAUUCAGCUUACAAGAACAAAGAAAUGGUUUUGCGCAAAGAAAAGGAACAUUUAGAGCUUGUGUUAGAGAAGCUGAGCGGAAGCUGUCAGUGCRCUGAAAAAGCAAUCAAAAUUGGCAACGAACUAGAGAUUCUAGUCAUUCAAAAGCACUUAAAACGAAAACUACAAGACAUUAAAAACACUCGGAAAGAUUUCAGUUCAGCAACGUUUCAGAAAGUUUCGUAUUUUAGCGAAGAUAAUGCUUUAAGUGUCGUCAAGGAUUCUUUGGGGAAAAUUGCUGUGUCAAACACGUGCCCUGACCUCUCUGUUGCCCAGGGAGAAGGCCUGGUGCGGGCCCAAACAGGAUCUCCCACCAAGUUCCAGGUUACUACUAAAACAUAUGACAAUGAACCUUGCACAAACGGUGGGGACCCUGUCUCGGUCAAAGUCCAAACUCCAACCCGUGAAAUCUUGGAGUCGACGGUACAAGACGAAGGAACUGGGACGUAUUCUGUGUCGUUUACUCCAAGUGAACGUGGAAAUCACGAAGUUGCUGUUGAGAUCAACAGACACCCGAUCAAAGACAGUCCAUUCAUUGUGAUGGUUUCUAGUCCACGCGACUAUAAGGAGAUCACACGGCCAUGCUUAGUAUUCGGAGGCCUCGGAGAAACCAAAUCGAAACUCAAUUUACCGUGUGGGGUCGCUGUGGAUAAGAGUGGACGAAUUGUCGUGGCUGAUUGCCGCAAUCAUAGAAUUCAAAUUUUUGACUCAGGAGGUCGGUAUUUGGGACAUUUUGGAUUAUUCGGUGACAAAGCCGGCCAGUUUAAUAACCCGAGUGACGUAGCAGUGGAUAACGAGGGGAAUAUUAUUGUGUGUGACAAGGAUAAUCACAGAAUUCAGCGUUUUACCAAGGAUGGAAUCUUUCUGUCGAAAUUCGGAGGUCUGGGAGAAACGCCAGGCAAAUUCAAACGACCGUGGGGGGUAACGGUGAGUAGCGAGGACGAAAUCGUAGUAACGGACCGUAGAAACAACAGAAUUCAAGUGUUUGAUAAAAAUGGUUCUCACCUUAGAACAUUUGGUUGCUAUGGCAACGGACAAGGUCUUCUUGACCAACCUUACUAUGCAACCGUGAGCUCGAACGGUGACAUCUACGUCACAGACUGUAAUAACCAUCGUGUCCAAGUAUUCGACCUGAACGGUAAUUAUCUGAGAGAGUUUGGGAACGAAAAUAUACCCGAUACUCAACUGAAAUACCCGACAGGUAUUGCGCUCCAUGCAGAUGGUCACGUGCUAGUGGGUGACCAAUACAAUCACAGGAUUCAGGUGUAUAACGUGGAUGGUACCUUGAAGGCUAGUUUAUCAUCGGGGUUGAAUGGAUUAGGGCACAGUUGCUUCCCUAAAGGACUAGCGGUAUCUCCUGAUGGCAAGAUCGUGGUGGUGGACAGUGAUAAUCACCGGAUAAUAGUCUUAUAAAACCCAUAUUCAGGACAAGCAGAUAUCUAUGUAUAGAUCCAUCAAAGGUAGUUAGGGACAAGGUCAAAACAAGGUCCAAAUUAGGAACCCGAUGUAGUAAAUACCCCCACCCCCAGAGAAUUGUUCAAUGUCUAGCGAUUAUUUCUAUACACAAAUACGUAUUAAUAGAAUAACGAUAUGUUAAGAAUGACUUUGUUUAACAUACAUAAAAACACACAGUAUUGACUCAUUUGUGCAAUUCGGCUUCUUUAAUU